AUGCCUUCCCCUCCAAAACCUUGGGAGCGUGCUGGAGUCGUCUCUGGAUCUGAACAAACAUCGACAAUGGCAACUCCGGCUCCUCCAGCGUCGAUAGCAUCAUCGUCAACCGCUGUAGAAAAUGCUGCUGGCUCAGCUCCAGUAGUCCCUGCGCGUCCAGCGACGUUUGCUGACCCUUCUUCCUCCUCUAUAAGUACACUACCAGCUGCAGCGGGCGCCUUUGGUGCCAAUUCUGCUUAUUCAAGUCUCUACUCCUCCCCAUACAACCGUUUCGGUAGUACAUACUCGCCAUACGGAACUGGAUAUGGAGGUUACGGGUCAUAUGGAAGCUCUAUGUACGGAGGUUAUGGAUCCUCAAUGUACGGAGGGUACGGGGGAAUGGGGUACGGUACCGGUUAUAUGCCUGGGAUGGGCAUGAUGCCAGGAAUGCCAGGCAUAGAUCCCUCACAAACUCUCACCGCCCAAAUCUCCAACACAACACAACAUACUUUUGCUUUACUACACAGCAUCGUUCAGACCUUUGGCGGGUUUGCGCAGAUGCUCGAAUCGACCUUUAUGGCGACCCACUCGUCUUUCUUCGCCAUGGUCGGCGUGAUCGACCAAUUUGCGGCCCUACGAGAUGUACUUGGUCAAGUACUAGGCGUAUUUGGGCUGAUCCGAUGGGUCAAGGGAGUUCUAACAGGAGAGGGUCUCAUCCAACGAAGCACCCUCAGCGACGAAUUCCAACAUUUCGUAAACAAACCCCCUGGUGCUCCACCGCUACCAACGAACGGCAAAGUCGAAAAACCCUCCAAAAAGCCCAUCAUCGUCUUCCUCCUCGCCAUCUUUGGCAUCCCAUACCUCAUGCACAAGAUCAUCAAAAGACUAGCGGAACGCCGAGUCGUUCUUCCCGGUGCUGAACAGCAACCAUUGUCCCUCACCCAAGUCCAGCCCGGCUUGACCCCCGAUGGAAGAUUGGAUCCUUCCAAAUUGACAUUUGCGCACGCUUUAUAUCCCUUUGACACCACAUCCAGCCAGGAGUUGAGCCUCAAAAAGGGAGAGUUGGUCGCCGUCUUGAUGAUGGCAGACCCGGUUACCGGUAGCCCAGACACCGAGUGGUGGAGAGGGCGAACAAGAGAUGGAAGGGAAGGAUGGUUCCCCAAAGGCUUUGUUGAAGUCAUCAAAAAGAGGGGCGAUACCGCACAAGAGGAGCAGAAGGGUGUCAAGAAG